ACGCCACUAUUGCCUCUUGGAAUCCUUGUGUUUAUCAUAGUAUCCUGCAGUGUACUUCGAUUUACUGGCCUUACCUUCUACAACUUUGUUUAACUUUUGCAGGAAAACUGGUGCUGCAGGUGCUGCGCGUCGUCCUACAGUUACUCUUGAAGAAACCGAUGUUCCGAUAGCGUCCCUUCAGAUCCCUGUUGGACAUCCUUUGCCAACCGAAUCGGCGAAUCCUGUCUCUGGAAAUCUUAAUGCCCUCGGUGUCAAUUUGCAGACAACAACAAUUCAGCCUUUGUCACAGCAACCUAUGUCUAUAAAUCCUGCACCUGUACGGCGCCGUCGCUUGGUUGUUUAUUCUGAUGAAGACGAACCUGUUGUCCCUUUGGAACUGCAAGACUUGGAUGUUGAACUUCCACUGCAAGAACAGCCUGUUGGAAACUCUUCGACUUAUCUUGUUCCCACUGUUGACGUUCCUUUGCCUUCUCCUCUUCUUGCUGUCCAAGAAGUUCCGCUACUUUCAGUGGGGAAAACUAAUUCUGGGAGGGCAAAGCGAAUCAGAACACCGUCUACAAAGGCCAUUGAAGCAUCUGUGGAUGCUUCUAAGAGAAAGCCAAGAACUCCAAAAUCGUCUGCUAAGGAACCUGCUAAGAAGCAACUGUUUGCUGAUUAACCGUGAUUCGCACCAUGCGCGUGCUAAUGUACCAUGUUUGUCCAGUACUGUCCCUCCCUUCCUUUUGUAGAACUGUUUAAGGGGAACACUAUUUAGCGAGUAGUGCAUUCUGUACUCUUGCCUUUUUGUCUGAAUGUUGCAACCUUUGG